UACAAGACCAGAGUUAGUCUUUUUUGAGGUACUCAGCCAUCACUAAUCAGCACUAGCAACAGCCAUGGGAGAGGUAGACACAGCUUUCAUCCAAGAACCAGAACACAGGCCAAAGCUCUCUCCCAACCAAGCAGAAGGAAUUCCCAUAAUUGACCUCUCUCCAAUAACCAACCACGCAGUUUCAGAUCCAUCUGCCAUUGAAAACUUAGUGAAGGAGAUAGAAAGUGCAUGCAAGGAGUGGGGUUUCUUCCAAGUAACCAACCAUGGGGUGCCCCUCACUCUAAGGCAAAACAUUGAGAAAGCCUCAAGACUGUUCUUUGAACAGACUCAGGAGGAGAAGAAGAAGGUUAGCAGAGACGAGAAAUCCACAACUGGUUACUAUGACACAGAACACACCAAGAACGUUAGGGACUGGAAAGAAGUGUUUGAUUUUCUAGCCAAAGAUCCCACUUUUAUUCCUGUCACUUCUGAUGAACAUGAUGAUCGAGUCACUCACUGGACUAAUGUAUCCCCUGAAUACCCUCCAAACUUUAGGGAUAUAAUGGAAGAGUAUAUUCAAGAGGUGGAAAAGCUGUCCUUUAAGCUCUUGGAGCUUAUAGCUCUGAGCUUAGGCCUUGAGGCAAAGAGGUUUGAAGAGUUUUUCAUGAAAGAUCAAACGAGCUUUAUUCGACUCAACCACUAUCCUCCAUGCCCUUACCCUCACCUUGCUCUUGGUGUUGGCCGACACAAGGAUGGUGGAGCCUUAACCGUUCUUGCACAAGAUGAGGUUGGAGGACUUGAAGUGAAACGCAAAGCAGAUCAAGAGUGGAUAAGAGUGAAACCUACACCAGAUGCUUAUAUAAUCAACGUUGGUGAUCUUAUUCAGGUUUGGAGCAAUGAUGCCUAUGAGAGUGUGGAACACAGAGUGAUGGUUAACUCUGAGAAAGAAAGGUUUUCUAUUCCGUUUUUCUUCAACCCUGCACAUGACAUAGAAGUCAAGCCUUUGGAGGAGUUGACAAAUGAACACAAUCCUUCAAAAUAUAGGCCAUACAAAUGGGGCAAGUUUCUUGUUCACAGAAAGGGAAGCAAUUUCAAGAAACAGAAUGUGGAAAACAUUCAGAUUUAUCAUUAUAAGAUAACCUAAAGGAUAAGAAAUUAGCUUAUUCAUGUAAAGCAGAUUGAUCUAAGAAUGUUUCUGAUAUAUAUGUGGGACUGUGAUAUUAUUUGCUGCUAAAAAGUUACUAGUGUGCAUUAUGUAUAGCAACGAAUAGAAGAAACAUAUUUGGCUGUCUUAUGUUGAAAGUAAUUUUAUGUUGGUGGAAUAAACUAAGAAGAAGAAUGAAAAUUUGAUCCCUUUUUGGUAA